CGCCGUGCGUCGCGACGCCAGAACAUCUCUGAUACUUGGCCGAAGCUCGUACAGCUCUGACGAUCUCGCGCAACUUUGAUUCUCGCUGCAGUCGUAGAUAGAAGGACUAGAGAGGCAAAUCGUGGUCGAUUCCGCAGGAUCAAAGUUCUUUCUGACUUGUUCUCGUACGCGCGCUUUUGGUUUCCCUUUUCCUCAUCGCUUUUCUGUAUGUUUCUUUUACGGUUUUUCGGCCAAACUCGUCACCUUCAACUGCUCAUCGCUGAGAAGAUGUUCUCUAAGUCGACCUCGGCGCCAAUUUUUCUGCUCGUUGUCGCCAGUGUGUUUCAUGCCGCAAAAGCAGCAAUCAGCAGCGGCCAUCACCGUCAGCAACAGAUAUCAAAUGACGCGGUCGCUAAUAUUUGGGCUUACGAAAUGGGAUCAAAAGUUUUAUACGACGCAUCUCGCGAACAUUACAGAACGAUUACAGACUGUAUGUUUGUUACUUCAGAAAGUGGGCCAUUCAUUUAUAUAUCGCAGUCCGACGACAAAAUCGUUUGUGGUAUAUAUUUUUUAACUGAUCCAGAUCGCAUAGUGGAGAUAUAUUUUCACAAUUUCGACGUGCCUUGCGAUCAUCGUGGACUUCUGGCGGUAAUCGACGGCUGGGAAAUGGACGGCGAAAUAUUCCCAAGCGAGGCCGACCAUCCAUUACCCAUGAAAGAGAGGAUAAACGAAUUCUGUGGCAAGAGCAAAUGGUAUAAGAGGACUUUUAAAAGUUCGCAGAACGCGGCGAUUCUUCAGUAUAGAAUACCGAUGCGCGGGAAAGGCUUCGUCAUAUCUGCGAGAUAUCCGAGAAAUGCGAGGCCCUGCAACAUCUUAUCAGUCAGUACGACGGAUCCGUUUAUACUCCGCAAUUAUGGUAGACAGGUUAAUUGCACCCUCAUGGCAGUAUAUCCCGGCGUUGUACAAAUAAUUGCACUUGGAGUCGGCGGUAGUAGUUUGCAGAGCGUUGCUCACACGACCGAAACCGGCACUUUACAUAAAUGCGAUACGAAGAAUCUGCGAGAUCGAUUGGAAAUCGGAGGUAGUCGCGGUCUGGAUACAGCAAAGCUCGACGUGUUUGAUUCCAUUUGCGGUAUUGAUUCCAAACCAGAUGUAAAAGAGCUCGUGCCGUACGAAGUAACAUCGGUACGAUUGAUAUCGAGCGGUUACUACGAUAACUCAGCGACGGUGAUAAUAAAUCCAAUCAUAAGCGACGAUCUGCUGGAUUCCGCUGCUGGUCUCUGAAGUGAUUGCUUCGAACAUCUUCCUCAUCGUUUGCUGCGUUUGCUACUCGUCAACAUUUGACGUUUAUUUUUUAACGAACAAUUGCAUUCAUAUUAGGUUGUAUAAAUAUUUCUCUUUCGCCGUCUUUCUCUUUCUUGUCAUAGCUUAGAGCUUAUACAAAUACUUAUACAAAUCGUUUAUACAUUUUAUGUAGUAUAUUAAAUAACAGCGUAGAAAGUGGAUGACAAGGCGAGAAGUUUAUCAAGA